AUGGUAGAGCAACCCGCAAACGUGGAUGCCGCCGUGAAUACCCCAGUUGUGGUUGAUUCAAACGAUGAUGGAACAGUCGCCCAGGAACUGGAAUUAGAGCAUAUGAGGAGUACAUUGGAAGAGGCGAUUGUGGAAACGCGUAAUACGCCUCUCGAAAAUCGACCACGACUUCCCCGCAUAGCCCUAAACAAGCGGAAUGGGGCUAUCGUGAGGGCUCUGAACCCAAUGCUGGUGACCUAUUUGGAAGCCAGCCGGGACCUUUGCGAGACGGACUCAAUUCUUUUUGGCUCCGCGCUGGCAGUCUGCCGUAUCAUAGGCGCCAAGGUUUCCACGGCUGGACGCGCUACUGGCCAUAGUAGCGCUAUCAUAGCAUGGAGAAGAAGAAUUGAGGAACGUAUCGCAAAGGCUAGAGCUCUCAUCGGCAGACUGAUAUGCUUCAGAUCAGGUAACAACAGGCCAAGAAUUGUGCGCACCGUCAGGAUGACGUUUGCUGGGACAAAUGUCAGUUUGUUCCAGCCGUAUAUAACGCAAAAACUGACGGAGCGCAUAGAUGAUCUGAAGCAGAGAAUCGCUGCUUGGGGAAAGCGGAUUCGGCGAUAUACCGAGAAGUCUACACGGUUCAACCAGAAUCGUCUCUUCCAGAGCGAUCAGAAGAGGCUCUAUGAAUCAUUGGAGCGACCAAUGUUAAGUGGAACGGGUCCAGCACCGAAUCAGGCCGACACUGUAGCAUUCUGGCGCGGCCUGUGGUCAGAGCCCGUAAACCACAGCGAGGGCCCUUGGACGGAAGUUGUGGCGAGUCAGUGUGAGGGUAUUACCCUCUAUUAUGGACCCCGUCAUCAUAACGCCGGAUGA